CUCCUGAUCCGGGGAGACACCAUCGCAAAGGAAAAAGUAUACAUGCGAGAUGAGCGGCCUCCCCUCCCCUGCUGCUACAUAAGUGGCCUACUCUUCUUCCUCCCCGAGAAGCCCACCCACCAUCCUCCACAAGGUCCGUCUCUGUCCUCCUCCUCUUCAACCACUCUUGAAGAUAGAAAGAUGGAGCGCCUCAGGACCGGCUUCGACAAGUUCAAGACCGAGGUCUAUGACAAGAAGCCGGAUCUCUUCGAGCCCCUCAAGGACAACCAGGAACCCACGUACUUGUUGUUCGCGUGCGCCGACUCGCGCGUGUGCCCGUCAGUCACCCUGGGCCUGGAACCCGGCGAGGCCUUCACCGUUCGCAACAUCGGCGCCAUGGUCCCGUGCUACUGCAAGAACAAGCACACCGGCGUUGGAUCGGCCAUCGAAUAUGCCGUAUGUGCCCUCAAGGUUAAGGUCAUCGUGGUGAUUGGCCACAGCCGCUGUGGUGGAAUCAAGGCUCUCCUCUCGCUCAAGGAUGGGGAAGACGACUCCUUCCACUUCGUUGAGGACUGGGUUAGGAUUGGGUUCUCGGCCAAGAAGAAGGUGAAAGACGAGUGUUGUGACCUGCCUUUCGAGGACCAAUGUGCCGUCUUGGAAAAGGAGGCCGUCAACGUGUCCCUCCAGAACCUCAGCACCUACCCGUUCGUCAAGGAGGGUGUGGCCAAUGGAACCCUCAAGCUAAUCGGCGGCCACUACGACUUCGUCUCAGGAAAGUUUGACACAUGGGAGCUGUAAAUCAAUCUUCCCUCCCUUUGCUCAAACGCGAAAUAUAUAUACAUAUGUACGUAUAUCAAGAUAUAUCGAUCCAUCAAAUGCCAUGGAGUACCUACUCGUUAUUCUCCAGUAGUGAAUGCCAGAUGGCUUGACGUCAAUUUUUGUAAUAAGCGAUAGUAUUUUCCGACGCAGAAUUAUUGUACUACUAUGUGAUGCAUAAUUUGAUCGUCAUAUGAUCAAAAUACAUUAGACAUUAUUCUAA